GCUCCUUCGCAGGGCCUUCACUCCCGACCUGCUAUCUUCUUCCGGGUCAUGACCUCCUUUCCUCCUUUUGGUGGAGCGCGGCUGUUGCUGGGGCCCGGCUCUUUUUCCUGACGGAGUUUUCUUCUCCCCGGGAUUGGAGUGGCACAUUUUUCAAACUGUAGUCCAUGAACUGCACAAGCUACCCUUAACUCAAGAUGCAUCCAGACUUGUCUCCUCACCUGCACAGUGAAGAAUGUAACCUAGUUAUCAGUCUGCUCAAAGAGUGUCACAAAGAGCACAACUUUUUGAGAUUUUUUGGCCACUGCAAUGACCUUGACCGUGAGAUGCGGAAAUGCUUAAAGAAGGAGUACCAAGAAAACCGAGCCAAGAGCAGGGCACAUGCUGAAGAGAUGCGGCAGAGGCUCACUAAUGCUUCAAAACACUCUGAGAGCUGACCUAUGUUGCAGCUGGAUAGCUAUACAUCAUAUGGACAUUUGGCUGAAAGCUGAAGGAACAUAUCUUGUUUUGGCUUCUAUGCACUUGGAUAUAAAAAGCUAUUUACUCAACUGCUAAUGUUUGUAAUAAAAAUUGCUGAAGUUUACACUUAUUGCUGACAAGAUACUUUAAUUGUUUGGCGAGAGAUUUAGUGGAAUAUAACUGAUAUAUCUAGGGUUGCCAUAGUGCAAACAAUACUUAUAGUUAAGAGGAAAACAGAGUUAAAUAAAAAUAAUAAGCAUGUUCUGUUGUUGGGCUCCUAAUACAAGACAAGUUAUAAGCUGGGACCUUUAAGUAAAAUAAACUGGACAAAAAAAUCUUAA